AUGCCAAGCUCAAGUCACCAAACAAAUGAAAGUGAAUGUGACUUUAGCCAUAUUAAGCCACUUGAAAUAUUUGAGUACCCCAAUCAAGCUUCAAAAAUUAUUUGGGGACUCGAAUCGAAUAAAAUUUUGCAAAUAUCUUCACAAAUUAUAGAUAUGAUCAAAACAAACAAGAUAACUAUAAAAAUGGCAAUCCAUUUGAUUGAAAUUUGUGCAAACAUACGAGUUAAAGAAAUUGGAUUAUAUGCAGAGUUUUAUCAAAAGAUAUUAAACGAAUUUUCGCUAGUCAUCAAACCCAAAGAUAAGAAAUUAGCAGCACUAUUAUAUUAUAAAGGUUUCGAAUUUGAAAACUUCAAACCAAAAUUUACACAAGAAGAAAUUCUCAAUAUCUAUCCGCCGGACUCUCCUUUUUACUACGUUGCUUGGGAUAAAGUCAAUGCUAUUAAAAGUAGAUUCCCAAACCUUGAUGUUAAUGAGAAAUUCGGCCAAUGUUUUACUCUACUUGAUUGUGCAAUUAAAUACGGAUCAGAGUUAUGUUUCAAUUACUUGAUUAAUAUUGGCGCAAAAUAUACUUUUAUCUCAGAAGAUUAUGCAGUUCAAGGUGGAAAUAAAACCAUUUUUAUGAGAUUAAUAGAUGAUGGUCACUCAUUUGAUAAAAUGAUUAACACUGCAAUUGAUUAUCGAAACUUUGAAAUUGCUGAAUAUCUUCAAUGUAAUUUUGGGCAAAUCCCUGAUUCGUUAGCAGAAAGCAUGUAUUUCGGAAAUUUUGAUGUUGCAUCUUUUUUACUAUCUAAUAGAGCAGAUAUCAAUGACGAUUAUAAUCUUUUUCUUUUCAUAUCAAUCAUCGAUUUAAUGCAUUCUCUUUCUCUAUACAUAAAUCAUUCAUUUAUUUAA